AUGGGUCAGCGGCUUAGUGACCUAAGAGGUUACUUUGGCGUCAUGGAAGACGAAGAAACUGGAGUAGCAAUAUCUGGCAGUUUUCUUGUUACUGGUAAAGACUCAGUGUCUGGAAGUCCAAGUGGAAGCAAUUGUAAUGCCUGUAACACAGUUGCAGAUAGUACGACAGAGGCUCUCAGCUGUCCUGAAAAUAGCGGAGUUCAGGUUGUAGAACAUGUUGAUCAACAUUUUGAGAGCAUUUAUAAUAUAGGUAUUGAGGGCUUUAGAAUAGAUGAUGCAAGUGUAAAUGUGGUGGAAAGUGAUUUGUGUUCUUACCAUACUGAAUAUUCCUGUAUUGCAAAAGGUGACUGCAAUUGUGUUGAUGAAGGCAUAUCCAGUGCAGCUGAAGAACAGAAUCUGGAAAUACUAAGUGGUAGCUAUAAUGGACAGACUCUUACUCUCGUAAAUGGUAAAAGAUCAAGAACCAAACUGGGAAGAUCAUCAAAGGAAUUGGGCAGCUGCAGCAAGAAGAAAAGAAAUCAUUGGGUUCUGAAAUUUAAUUGUGCUCGCCUGAAGGGUGGUGGAAACUGUGGACCAGUGUCUGCAGAUACAGAUAUUGCAGAGCCCAAUAUCAGUUGUGAAUCUUGCAUAUGCACAGGCUAUCGUAGGACAGAAGAUCACCACCUAGGGGCAGGUGUUAUUUUCAAAGCAGGUGCUGGAGAAACUGUAUUACAAGAGAGUAGCAAGACAAAUUCCGGUGUAAACCUGCCAUCAAGUAAUACAUUACGAGCAGUGGUAUCUGCAGAACAUCUCAUUGACAUGUCCAGAUUUAAUCCUGAAGAUUAUCCAAUUGAAGAUUGUGAUGAAAGGGCGAGAAUAGAGCGGGCAAGAGAAAUUGCAGAAGGUGUCGAGCCACCACCUGGAUUUCUCCCAUCUGCUCACAUCCAGAUCUCAGUUGAUGAAUUCACAGCAUUUUUCCAAUCACAUUUGAAUUUCCAUCCAUCAGCAUUCUCAGCGUGUCCACAAAUAGACAUGAAUCUGUCGUCAGGAAUACCAAGAACUGUUCACACUCAAGUGGAUUAUAUUCAUUGUCUUGUGCCUGAUCUUCUGCAGAUUACUUCUUGCUCAUUUUAUUGGGGUAAAAUGGAUCGUUAUGAGGCAGAGCGAUUGUUGGAGGGCAAACCUGAAGGUACAUUUCUUCUUAGAGAUCCUGCACAAGACGAAUAUCUGUUUUCAGUUAGUUUCAGAAAAUACGGGCGAUCUCUGCAUGCACGCAUUGAACAGUGGAACCACCGCUUUAGUUUUGACUCACAUGAUCCAGGUGUAUUUGCUUCACCAACAGUUUGUGGUCUCAUUGAGCAUUAUAAGGAUCCAUCGUGUUGCAUGUUUUUUGAACCGAUGCUUACAAUACCACUGCACAGAAAUUUCACAUUUCCCCUGCAACACUUGUGUCGAGCUGUUGUAUGUAGCAGGGCCACCUACGAUGGAUUAAAUAAGUUAAACUUGCCUAAGUCUCUGAAAUCCUAUCUUAAAGAGUAUCAUUACAAACAACGUGUACGAGUAAGACGACUUGAUUUAGAACAGUAAUCUGAUGAUUUACUCUGCUGUAAUCUUCUUUUUUUGUUGUUUUUGAGUACAAAUAAGUACCAAAGAGGUGCUGAAAUGUU